UAUCGGGUGGCGUACCGCGUCGCGCACGUUUCUGCCGCACGAAUUCCCUUUCCUCGAGAGCGGUGUAUAUAACUCGGUGACACACGAGAGAGAGAUCGGUCUCUUUGGGACGGGCCUCGUGGAAAAUCAAUGCUCAAGGACUACGCGCACCUUGUGAAGGAGAAGGAGAGAAUAGCGACAAAAGGAGAAGGGAAGGAAGAAAGGGGAAGGGAAAAAAAGUAAAGAGAAUAUAAAUACUGUGGGGGAUCGAGCUGCUCUCGGAUCGAAGUGUAACGCGGGGUGACACUCGGAUAGAUUAGCUGUCGUCGUUCGAGGUUUAUCGUUUUCGAAUAAAACGGCGUUUUAUUGAUUCGUAACGUCGAGCCUCCAAGUUUUAUGGGAGCCAAUGUUGGCCUGGCUGAAUUCGCGUAGAACCAACUACCGUCCCCAUGCUUGGCAGUGCGUUUCCUGGGACCACUUUAGAAGCAUCGGAGGAUGGGUUCCCGAAGGAGCGGCGCAGGGGGGAGCCGGGGGAACGCUGGCGUUAUGAAGGAAAGGGCCAACUUGUCGUUCAUGCUCGUGGUCAUGUUCUUCGGCGUGUUCGCCGUGAUCGUCCUCACGGAGAUAUUCCUGAUCGACGAGAGGCGUGGCAUGGGCGUAGGUGGGAGCGGGGCCCUAGGAGGUCACAGGAGCGGGCAUCGACUGCCGGCUGCGCCCGAUCGGCCGGAUUACGGGGAGAUCGGAGCUGAAGAUUAUAUCGGAUUGAAGGGCAGCUUCGACGAUCAUAUCGGAUUAUUGAUGCACGGGGACGACGGAGGACAGAAGGCCGCGAUACAACCGGACCCAAGAGGUUUACCGAGCUUACCACCCAACCUGGAGGCUCGCCUACCGCAACUCGAUCAGAGCUUGAGGAUCACGCACGCCGAAUGGUUGCCGGUCACGAAGACCAGAUUCAAAUUCUUUGUAUACUCGGCGUACUUCGAUGACAGGGUUGGUGGUACGGGAGCACCAACAGGUAAAAGUCAGGGCAUGGUUCGAAUAAUAAGCGCAACAAAGACAAGAGGACCGGAGCGUGUUUGGUGUAGACUUUGGUAUCGACCGGAGAACGGAGGGAACGUAACUACUUCCGUAACGGUAGCUGCUAAAGUGAAGGUGAUCAGGGAAAAUUGGAACUUGAAGUACAGUGCCUGCUUUGUGAUUUGCCCGUUGCCGAAAGAAUCGGCAACGAUCGACAGAGUGCCGGAAACGGUGAGCGUGGUGGCCAGGCUAAAAGCAUCGCCAACGAAUCGCAUCCUGAUUCAGAAUCGGCCUGAAAAUAGGGCGAAGAACAAAGAAAUGCUGGCCGUUUGCGUGAAACCCCUGCAUUACGAUUACAACAGGGUAUUGCAACUCAUAGAGUUCAUCGAGUUGCACAGACUGCUUGGCGCUAGCCACGUGACUUUAUACAACGACACGGUCGGCAGCGAGGCCGGAUGCGCUCUCAAGUAUUACGAAGCUAAAGGUCUGGUGACCGUGUUACCUUGGCAUCAUUUGGACAUGAUCUCGCAGCGAGACAUUCGCACGGAGGGAUUGUUCGCUGCCCUCAACGAUUGCCUUUAUCGAUCCAUGUACAGAUACGAAUACGUGGCGCUGGUUGAUCUCGACGAGUUCAUUAUACCGAGGCACAACGACACUAUCAUUGAUUUAAUCAGAUGGAUGAGCAGUCGCAUAAACGCCAAAGCCACAGGAUCGUAUUCCUUUCAAAACGCGUUCUUCUAUCUUCAAUGGGCGGACGACCCGUUCGUGGUGACCAGUCGCACCCCAAUAGAGGCCGGUUUGAUCACGUUGAAGAAAACGAGGCGUAGAACGAAGCUGCACCCCCACAAACAACGGUCGAAAUACGUUUGCAAGCCCCAGAACGUGGUCGAGGCUGGAAAUCACUUUGUAUGGGAGUUCAUCCCAGGGCACGGGACUCUGAACGUCCCGUCGGACGCGGCGAUUCUCCACCAUUACAGGGUGUGCGAGUUUGGCGGCGACGAUUGUAUAAAGACUCAAUCGGUAGUCGAUAGAACGGCCUACAAAUACAAGAAUAGAUUAUCGGAUAGCGUUGGGAAAACCUGGUCCGACCUAAGCGGCGAGUGCUCGUUACCCAAAUUGGAACCGAUUCCGGGUAUGACACCGCGGAUAAAAGCGAGCCCCAAAGUGUUGAAGUCGGUCAGGUAGCGAAAGACCAUUGUCGAUACUCUUUGGGAUAUUGGUAAUUUCACUGGUACACCGAAGGUAGCGAGAACUUAUUUCUACAAUUACGGUGGCCCGUAGUUUUCGGGCAGAUCCCUACUUUAUCUCUCCGAGAAAGAGAGAAAGAGAGAGAGAGAGAAGAGAGAUUUGUAUGGGGCGCCACCACGUGAACGCGUUUUUUCUACCUUUUGCGGUCCACACACGCCUGAUAAAUCUCGUUUUCGAAAGCACGGAGAGGAAAAAGAAAAAGAAAAAAAAAAACGAAACCCCGGUGCCUGUCUGUCUAUCAACGAGCCAAAUGUUGCGGUGGAGGUUGCGGUGCCGAUGGCACUUUUGUUGAGAAAUGUUGCGACGCUAAGUACGAAAAGCUGACGAUAAUAUAAUAUUUUUCUACGUGAGAAAGACUCACGAUCGACCGGCAAAGAUCCAAGACGAACUUUCCCGGACGAUCCUGUAUCUCUUACGCUAUGGUGCUUCUUUCACGAUUUUAUACGGUAAUUGUAUUUGUGUACGAGUUUUAUUUUUCGUUCGAAUCGAAGCCGAAUGUAAGAAAAAUAUAAAGUAUAAUAAGGAAAUAUUGUGAAGAAAUAUCGCGCAGGGCCUAAGUAACGUUUCCGGUCUAAUAUCAUCGGCUAUAAAAUGUGAAACGUCUGAUAUCGUUAUCUUGUUGAUCUUUACUCUUCCCCCUACCCCUCCCCCAUUCUCCCCCCUCCCUCCUCUUUUAUUUCACACCUAUAAAUCCGCACAACGUAUAAAAGAAAAACGUACGCAUAUCCAUAGGAUCAAUACUUAUAGUGGUAGUAUUAUGUAUGUAUAAUAUGUAUCUAGUAACAUCUCUUAGUAUUUAAUCCGAUAGCGAACGCGUAGAAUGCGAAAAUGUUUUUAAAAAAAAAAAAAUGCCGUUUACACCGAUAACCGAUUUUUAUUCGAUCGGUCGAUAAAGAAGAACGUUUUCAAUUCGAGGAAAGAAAGAAGAAGAAAAAAAAAGAAAUUGAGUUCACCUUUUAUGGCGACUUAUAACCGAUAAUAAUAGAUUGCGUUCCACGAUUUUAUUCGUUGUCGAACAAGUCUCGAGAAUAGUUUUUAAUCCCUGAAAGUGUUUUUUAAGAAACGUUGUUAUAAAUAAUAGUAGUUGCAUUUCAAGAUGAACGUAAUUGUUAUACAACACAAAGGUGGGAGUAUUUAUGGUCAGCUAGAUAGUGGUUACAGAUUUGAGCGUUAUGACAAUGAAUAAUUGCAAACUGUUUCUAAUUUCUUUCGUAAUGUCACAUUUUUUACGCGCACGUACCAUUUAUGUAUAUAUGUGUAUACACGAAAGUGUACGUGUAUCUACGUACACAGCAUGUAGGGAUAGGUGAGAAAUACGUACAUGUGAUCGGUGCUAAGCCACAAUCAACAAUGCCGCUCGGCCGUGUUGAGAGAAUUAAUAAAUAUUAUACGACGACAAUAUGUAUUUUGAUUCCCUUGAAAAUAUAUUUCGUAAAUAUACAAGUCUGGAAUACAUGUACAAUUAUAACGAAUAAUUGAAUUUCAAGAAUUAUUUAAAACACGUAUGUCGUACAUAUAUAUAUAUAUGUAUAUCUUAAGUAUUUUUUACAAAAUUAUUCGAUCACGAAGACUAAUAUUAAUUACUUUUUAUUAAUAUCUAUUUACAGUUAUUGUAAAAACAUGCGCAUAGAGAUCGAUAAUUACAUGGGCGGUAUAUUUUGGAAUUUUUGUAAUUCUUUUUUGUAAAUGUUUAAAAAUCCUCAUCCGAAUGAUCUAGCUUA